GUCAAAUUUAUUAAUAGUAAACUAAAACACAAACUGAACACCGAACACCGGCACUUGUGGUCUGUGUAUGAAUGUGUAUGUGUUCGUUCUGAUAACUUUGCUAUAUCCACUAGGAAAGUUACGUAUAGAAAACGAUGCCUGAUUUUAUCCUGGAAAACAGAGAAUUUGAGAAGCUGGAGUUUCCCAUUUAGGUUGCAUCAACACGCUAUUUGUUAACAGGAAAGGAAAAAGGCUUUUGAGUGCUUUCGCUUUCAUUGUUUUUCCUGCCCAGAGAGCUUGGACAGCCAUGGCCGCUAAGGGACCACUUGAUGAAGAACCACUCGAUAAUAUAAAAUCUGUUGUCAAGAACCUGUUUGAGGGAAUUUUUGAUGACUUUGGAAAAGAUGUAUUAAACAAAAAGGAAUUGCGCAAACUAAAGAAAGAUGUAAGCCUCAUUGUGAACAACACUGAAAACCUGGUUGAGGAUAUCAUAGAAAAAACUGAAAAGGCAGGCAAACUAUUUGCCAACCACUUCACAAGUUCCAAGAAACAACUGAGAUUAAAAUUUCAUGCUGAAAGUGAUGAUGAAUCUGAAAAAAGUUCUACAUCCUCCUCCUCUUUGAUAGCAUCUGAAAAUGAAAGUAAAGAAAGUAGAGAUGAAGAAAAUGCUAUAUCAGCUGAGUCAUUGGCUAUCUCUCCAACAGUUCUUCCGGAAACCCAUGGUGCCCAGUCCAAUGAUACAUUGAAGCUUUGCCCUCGUGAUCAUUUUCAUAAGCUGAAGACAGAAAAGUCAGAUAAGAUAUAUCCCGUAAUGGAGAAGGAAGGCCGAACCCGCCUAGCCCUCAUCAUCUGCAACAAAAAAUUUGACUCUCUUUCUAAUCGACAUGGUGCUGAUGUUGACCUUUUGAGAAUGCAAGACCUCCUUGAAGACCUUGGAUAUUCAGUGGUUGUAAAAGAGAACCUAACUGCUCAGGGAAUGGAAACAGAGCUAAGGCUGUUUGCUGACCAUGAAGACCACCAGUCAUCAGAUAGCACAUUCCUAGUGUUUAUGUCACAUGGCAUCCUGGAUGGAAUUUGUGGGACAAAACACAGUGAUAAAGAGCCAGAUAUUCUUCGUGAUGACACCAUCUUUACGAUUUUCAACAACCAUAAUUGCAAGAAUCUGAGAAACAAACCCAAAAUUAUCAUCAUGCAGGCCUGCCGAGGCAGUGGUGAUGGAAUCGUCUGGGUGACCACUGAGAGGGGUGAAGCCAUGGCAGACACACAUGGUCUUCCUAUGCAGUAUUACGGAUAUUAUGGACGGAGUGAUGCUGUCACAAUGACCCAUGUCGAAAAGGAUUUCAUUGCUUUCAAAUCUUCCACUCCGCAUAAUGUUUCUUGGAUACUAGACACUACUGGCUCUCUCUUCAUUUCUCAACUCAUCUACUUCAUCAAAGAAUACUGCUGGAGUCAUCAUUUGGAGGAAAUUUUUCGAAUGGUUCAACAUUCAUUUGAGACCCCAACUAUACUGACACAGAUGCCUACAAUUGAAAGAGUAUCCAUGACACGAUAUUUCUACCUCUUCCCUGGGAAUUAAAACACGUGAAAGCCUCUCAGUUUCCAACUGAGUAUUGCUGCAGCUGCUGCGAAGAAAAGGAAAUGGCAACCUCCCUUGAUGCUUAAAUGUAAAAGAUCUUGCAUUCACCAGCUUCACUGAACAUCCACUGAUCUAGACAAUUUUUCCUUAGAUUUUUAUUUUUUUUACUAAUGCAUGUUUAUGAUACAUAAUGAAUAUAUUCAUUGUGGGGAGUUGGUAUAUGUAUGUAUCACCUCUUAAUCCUUUUUACUUCUCUUUUUCUUCUUUUCUUUACCCUCUCCCUCUAUCCCUAGAUCCUGUUCCUGUCUGCAUAAGGUUCAACAAAUUAUAGAUUUGAUUCUUUCUGGCCAGUAUUCACAGCGUUUAUUUCCUUUUGUGAAUUUUUAUAUUUAUCACAUCUCUAGAUAUAAUAGCCAAGUAUGACAAUAAGACUGGUCAUUCUUUAUUAUUUAAAUAAAAAUACUUUCAGUAUUUCAACAUUA